AUGGCUGUGUUCACCGAGUCUCGGACCAUGGGAACUGUAUGCAAACCAGUGGUUCGGGCCCGGUUACCGCGCGGGAAGAGCCGUCCAAGUAAAGAUGUGUGUCCGAGCAACCGGGACUUGAGAGCCCGCGUAGCAAGACUUGAACAAAUUCUUCAAAAUAAGGAAGAGAAUGAGGCCAAGGAGCUUCCGUCUCCUAGGGAUAGCUCUAAAGAUGGCUCUGCGGCGAACCAAACGGCAUCGCUCAAUGAGCCUAUGUCAUUAUCUGAUUUAGCUCCAAGCGCGAAUGGCUCAAGUAGCGAAUCUGCACGCGUCCCUGCGGUGUCUCUAUACUCAGACGGCCCCUCGCGUAUCAAAGAUAACUCUAGUGCCCAAAAGGACAAUCGAUAUAUUGGUGGCUCGUUUUGGGAUGAUAUGAUGCAGCAGACGAACCGUGGCACCACCGAUGGCCUCAGCUCAGAACAGAGUACUCUUUCACUCGGGGUAUUGAGUCCAGCGGACUUCAAUGAAAUGCCCUGCGUUGAUAUCCAGGACUUCUCCUCUGUCCAGCUUCGUAGGAAGUUGAGCCAAGUAUUCUUGUCCCAAAUAGACCCAGUAUUCAAAGUGAUACACCAACCAUCACUGAAGGCAUAUCUUCUGGACGGGAUGCCGUAUCUUGACUAUGAACCAGGGCACAAGGCUCCGGAAACUCUUGCCUUUGCCGUUUACUAUGCAGCCGUUUGCGUUCUCACCGAAGAGCAAUGUAUGUCACUUUUCCGCCAAAGCAAGUCUUCGGUGGUAGCAAAGUAUAGGAGAGUGUGCGAUGCGGCACUUGUGCGCGCAGAUUUUAUGACAACCAAUGAUUUGACUGUUCUUCAGGCUUUUAUGAUCUCACUGCUUGGUUAUCGCCUCUUGGAUCAAGGUCGGCGAGUUUGGACAAUGAUUAGCAUGGCUCUUAGAGUUGGACAGGCCCUGUCACUGCAUAUUGUAAAUCCCCCUUUUGUGAUACGCCCACUUGAGCUCGAGUUACGCAGGCGUGUGUGGCAUGCCAUCGGCCUCCUUGACGCUCAGUCAUCCCUGGACCGGGCCACCGAGCCAAUGGUCCAACCCAGAUGGCUCGAGUACAAUACACCUGCCAACACCAACGACAGUGAGAUUGAUUUCCACAGUGAUAAAAGCCCGCUGGAAUUAGGUGGCUUUACGGACAUGACAUUUAAUUUAGUCAUUUCUGAGGCUCAGCGGGUCAUGCGAUGCCUCAACUUCUACCAUACGAUGGAGCGCCCUAUAACAGACAUGAAGGCUCGACAAGCGCUUGUGGUAGAUUUCCAAAGGGCAGCAGAGACACUCGUCCGAGGAUGCAACCCGAAAAUAGAUGCCUUUCACUGGUUCACCGUAAAGACGGCGGAGUGCCUCACUGCCUGCUUGCAACUAGCAGCAUUGAGGCCGUUGCAACGUGAUCCAAUUUUUGUCCCCCCACAGAUCAAGAACCACGGUCUUUUGAAGCUCUGUGUUGACGUUUUACAGAGGACUCGGGAGCUUUCUGAUGACCGCCGCGCUGCCCCUUGGCGCUGGUUCCAGGACUUAUGGGCUCCUUGGCACCCUCUUUCCGUCGCAAUCGCUGAGCUCUGUGUUUGUGAUGACCUCUCUGUUCUGUCAGCGUACUGGCCAGUGGUGGAGCAUUCCUUUCGUGUGGUCGCACUUUCUGUGGCAGAUUCCAAAGAAGGUAUGCUGUGGAGACCAAUCGAUAAGCUUAUGAAACAAGCCCAAUCCAAGAGAGCUGCCAUUUUGGCAAGAGAGAUUCCACUACAGCCGAUCACAUCGGUUAAUAGCCUGUUGAAUGCACCAAAUAUUCCAGAUCCUGCGUCUCCAGUUUCUUCCCUGAUAUCGCACCAAAAUCAAUCAACCUCCAUACACGGUAGUAUUCCUCCUGUGGACAACGUUACGUUAAUGAAUCAUGGCCCUGGAGCAUCCAGAGACAUCUGGGAUGUGAUCGACUUUGGAGACUUCGGUGACGAUCUAGGUGGAACAUCCUGGUCCAGUUUCGCCGGGUUCCUUGAUGAUCUGCAUGAGACGGAUUAUUCGAUCCUAACUUUUGGAUAA